UUUUUUUCUCUCUCUCAAAAUCGGCACCCAUCUCUCUCAAUCGCUAUUCUGCUUCUCUCCCUCUCAAAGAUUGCUCUCUUUCUUUUCGCUCUUUGAAUGCCCUGCGUUCUUUCUCUCUCUAGGGUCUAGAUUUUGCUGCAAUUUUUUUUGUUGCGGUCAAUUCAGGGUUUGAGUUUACGGUUUCAACGUGGUUUCAUGGAGAAGGGUUCGACUUGAAAUUGCAGAAGAGGGGAUAGCGUAUACCACGGUGCUCUCUGGCUUAACAAUCUCUUUUUUUAGGGUUUCGAGGUAAUGUCAAUUGGGUUUUCCACCUUUCAUUACGCCUCAAGCUAUUGUUUUCUUAGGAAUCCCUUGAGUUCUUUCUCUCUCUAGUUCCCUCCUCUCUCUUGUCUCUCUAGAGAUCGUUGCUUUUCUGGUGCAAUGAAUCCUCAUGUUGGGUCCUAAACAAUGGAUUUAGCUGUAAAACCAUGGUGUCCUGAAACUGCUUCUAUGUUUCAGUGGGCGUGCUCUAACAAAGACUAAAUUAGGUCCGAUUAUUUGGGAUUUUUUAUAAUUGGGUUUGUGGUUUAUAUGUGCAAGCACUGUAAAAAAUUGUGGACUUUGGGUCUCAACCAUAUGGACAUAUGCCAUUCACGGGCUUGUUCUAUGUUUGAAUGAUAAUGGGGUCCUCCAGUGAAGAAGAGGAGGAACAAUUCUUCGAUUCGACAGAUGAACUUUCGGGGUCUUCUUUCUCUUCUGAUUCUAAAUUUUCAGGGAGAGGCUAUGAAAUUACUGAGUUUGAGAAUGUUGGAUAUGAGAUUUGGAGGAAUGAGCCUGAAAGCAUCAAAGAAAGAAAGGAGAGAUUUCUUCGUUCCAUGGGGUUAAUUGGAGAAUUGGGUCCUUCAAAAAAUGUUGGUCUCGAUCCUUCCGAGACUCCUGAUUGGGGUUUCUCUUGCAAGGGUGAAUCAAUCAAUCUGUCCUGUGAAUCGGAUUUCUCAGUCACGAGUGACUCAAUCAAUCUCUGUCCGAGAAGGCUCAUGGAUACCAGUGGGACUGUGUUAAGAACCGAUCCGCAUUUCAUUGGAGAAACUCAUCAAUAUAUGGCCACCUCUUGUUUAGAAAGUAGGGUAGAAUCUGAUAUGAAGUAUUGUAGAAAUGAUUCAGAUUUGGAGAGAGAAAAGGAGAUCAAUUUCACCCAAACAAGGGAAGGUAGCCAGUUGAAUAGGCUAAGAGAAGAUGGGCCUGACAAAUUGAUCACUUUCAAUAGAGCUCUGCGUAUUUCUGAUUUUGUGCGUCGCCUCUUUAGUAGAGAGUUUUCUUCUAUUGAUGGAGAAGACUCGAUUUCAAGUGAAAUUAAGAGUCAAAGAAAGGGGAAUUGGUUGAAGAGAUUGGGAUCGUCCAUGAAAAGACAAAGGGCUGGAAUGUGCAGGCAAGAUGAUUCUGUAAUGUGUUUGAAUGAAUUGAAAUCAGGUGUAAAGAGGCCAGUUAGAAUGAAGGUUCAGAUUCACAAUAAAAGAUGCAAAGAGUUCAAUGGUCUGUAUAUGGCCCAAGAAACUCGAGCUCAUAAGGGAUUCAUUUGGACAAUGAAGUUUAGUUUGGAUGGUGAACUUCUAGCUAGUGGAGGCGAGGAUGGGGUUGUACGUAUUUGGCGUGUGAUGUAUACUUCAGCUGCUGAUUUUGAUGCCACAGAGGUAGAUGGUUCAUGUAAAUACUUCACUUUGAAGAGUUCAUCUGAAUUGGUUCCUGUUUGUGUUGAUGAAGAGAGAAAAGGCAAGCUUGGACCUAAUAGAAAGAGAAAGGGUUUGGCUUCCAUAGUUUUCCCUGAAAAUAUCUUCAAAAUCUCAGAAGAACCAUUGUGUGAGCUUAUUGGACAUUGUGGUGCUGUUUUGGACCUGUCUUGGUCCCAGUCUAAGUACUUGCUCUCGGCUUCUAAGGAUAAAACUGUCCGUUUAUGGCAAUUGGGGUGCAAUGAAUGCGUUAAAGUGUUUCAACAUAAUAACUAUGUGACAUGCGUUCAGUUCAAUCCUGUUGAUGAAAAAUACUUCAUCAGUGGCUCGAUUGAUGGGAAGGUCCGGAUUUGGGGAAUUCAUGAAUGUCAAGUUGUUGAUUGGGCUGAUGUUAGAGAGAUUAUCACUGCUGUUUGUUACCGGCCAGAUGGACAGGGCGGAAUAGUUGGAUCCAUUGCUGGUACUUGCCGUUUCUAUGAUACAUCAGGGAACCAGUUGCAACUAGAAGAUCAAAUAUGUCUGGGGAGCAAAAAGAAGUCGGCGGUAAAGAAGAUAACUGGCUUUCAGUUUUCUCCAAAAGAUCCUCAGAGAGUUAUGGUAACAUCUGCUGAUUCUAGAGUGCGGAUUCUUGAUGGAGUUGAUGUGGUCUGCAAAUUUAGAGGCCCUCGCAACUCGACAAAUCGGACAUCUGCUUUGUUCUCUCCUAAUGGACGCCACAUUGUCUCAGCAAUCGAUGACUCUCGAAUCUACAUAUGGAACUAUGAACUCACCGAUACCCUAACUCAUAAGCCCACCAAAUCAUGGUCUUGUGAGCACUUCCUCUCUCCUGGUGCAUCAGUGGCCAUUGCAUGGUCUGGUCUCAUGCCUGACCAGCCUCCUUCCUCAAAGACCAGUCCUUAUCACCCUGAACACCUUCAACCCUCUUCUUGCCCUAGAGAGUCCUGUCGCUUCUCUCUAAGUAAUGGGUUCUCUCUGAGUAGUGGGUUCUUCUUGGAUAGCAUUUCCAAGGCGUCAGCAACAUGGCCUGAAGAAAAUCUCCCCCCUUUUACUGAUUCAUGUUGCCGCUCUGCUAUCUCUGCCUCUACUUGGGGUUUGGUUAUUGUUACUGCUGGGUACGACGGGCUUAUCAGGUCUUUCCAAAACUAUGGAUUACCAGUUCAGCUAUGAUGGGUUUUGCUCUCUCUUUCUCUCGCAUCACUAAUGGCUCAGCUAAUGGGCUGAGAUCUCUUUCUACCCACAAGGCUUCAUUGUCACUGAGAAGAAUGUCAUUGCAAUUGACACUAUUAUGAAAUUGGUGCUUCAUAGACCUUUUGAAUUCCUUAAUCAAUGGUGAAAUCUGGUUACAAUGGUUCUUCGGUCCUAUGAGAAUUAUGGAUUAUAAGUACAGUUGUGAUGGUUGUGCUCCCUCUGUCUUUCUACCCGACAAAGCCAAGCUGGGUGAUAUCCCAAUUUUGAAAUUGGCGAGGUUUCUUAGGUACUGUGUGUUAUUGGGCCAUUGGAAAUUACUGCUGCUUGUGAAUACAUGUGCUUCCAGUGGUUGACUUUUUUUUAUGGGUUUUGGUUGCCUUGUUUCAGUCGAGGAGUUAAUCAAAUGAGGCAAUGCAUACGAGGAAGAGAAGAUGCUUAUUUCCUUCAAUAGAAACAUUUAGCAAAGAAAUGAAAUUGGUGACGAUAAAGGUGCAACAAGUUGUUUCUGGUGAAGAAAGAAAAGAAAGGUGGGGAGCAGCUGUCUGUUUCUUUAUUAGAGAAGAGGCAACUCGGUUUUGUUGUGUUCAUCUUGUUGAUCUGUGAAUUAUACGGGGGUUAUUUGUUAUCACACAUCUUAUUGUGUGCGCCUUAUUUUUUCUUGUUAAAUUAAGUUUAUUCAUUCAUUACCCAAGAGCAAGCUCGGAAAUGCUUCUUUUUUUCUCUGUAAAGAACUCUACACCCACCUUUGCAAGGUGUGGAACUCUUGGAGGUGUUUCUGUGCACGUAAUUGGUGUUUCAGGCCGAAAUUCGAAAAGGAGUUUUGGUUGGCGAUGAAAGAAAACUGGUUCCAAUUUGUAAUGUUUCUGGCUGAAUUGGAAUGAAAUUUGAUUGGAAACAAA